GUCAGCGCCGGCAGCCGUUGGCGCGCGGUUUGAAGAUGGCGACGGUGGCCGCACCGGGAGCGGCGGAUGGGGACUGCAGCAGCAGCGGCGGCAGCAACUCCGUGAGCAGCUCCGUCAGUUCGGCCCCGCCGCUGGCCGUGGAGGCAGUGGCCGCGGAGUGGAUGCUGGAGUUCGCCUGCUCCUGCCUGUGCCGGCACUUGGCGGAGCAGAGCGGGGCGGAGUUCUGGCGGUGGAGGGACGUUGCGCAGGCUCUUAUUAAUGGCCUCUCCCAAAUACCUCCGCAUCAGAAAAAAACAGUAUAUCUCUGCCAGCUUUUGAUAAGAAUUGCACAAGGAAAAAGCCUUGGAUUGCAGUUUGAAAAUGAUGAAAAAAUUUCACCUUUGGAAUCUGCUCUAUCUUUCUGGACUUUACUUGAAAGGGAAGAAAAUAAACUGGAAAAACUUCAUGAAGAUAUUCGUCGCUUGAUUCAAAUUCAGAUUGUAGCAGUCUAUAUGGAAAACAGAUACUUCAAGGAAGCUGUUGAAGUUCUUGAAAGGCUGUUCACAGACUCUGAAUCAGAUAAGCCUUUAAGGGUGAAGCUGGCCACUGUAAUUAAAACCAAGGAUCCAUAUGUUCCUCUUCUCCAAAACUUCAGUUACAGUCUUCUGAUAAGUAAAAUCAAGUCUUACAUUAAACUUUUCAUGAAAGAAAAUGAAACCAACUUCUUAAUACAGGAAGCCACAAAACACGUGGCAUCUAAAGGAUUUGGAGCAACAGCAUUCCAAAGCAGACCUGUGGAAGUCAAUGAAAAUGACAAAAGCCAUUUGGAAACAAAAGAAAGAGUGGUGAAAGAGGAACUGUAUAUCACAAGUCAGUCAUCUGGAGACAUAAAGAAAACCAGAAUAAGGAGACAUUCAAGACAGAAACCCAAAGAGAGUGGAGUUCUUCAGAGUCUUAACAACAUGCAAAAUGUGGGAAAAAAUGGAGUUUCUUUGACAUGUAGCCGAAAAAAACAGCGAUGGACUCACAAAGAGGACUUGGAGCUGAAAUUGGGAGUAAGGGACUUUGGUGUGGGUAACUGGGCUAAAAUUUUACUCCAUGGUAACUUCAACAACCGAACAAGUGUCAUGUUGAAAGACCGGUGGAGAACACUGAGCAAGAUCAAACAAACCUGAUUUGGACUACAGGAACCAACUCUUCUUGACCUUUCCCUACAUGAGGAUCUACUCUAGUUUUUCAGGACAACAUCUUAUUUUAGUCUCAGAGUGCCCAGCAGUGUGGCUGUCCUAAAACAUGAAACAGAAUAGUAAUUCAUGUAAGCUCACUUGCUCUGGUAAUGAUGACUUAAAUGUAAAAUCUGGCCUUUUUUGCUACAUGCAAUAGUAGAUGCCCUAGAUUCUGAAAUGUGAAAAUGUUUAGAGUGAUUUAAGAAAUGUCUAUUAUGUAACUAGGGGUAUUAGAUCUGACUGGCAGCAUCUUUAGCUUGAUGGAGGGUAAUAAAGAGUCAAGUGUUCUGUAUUUUUAAAGGACUGUAUCUCUUUUUAGAUUGACCUUUUCAUAAUUUUAUUUCCUGCCCUAUAACCCAUCCUAAUUUGUUUUGCUUCACUUCAAAAUUUUGGUCAGACUUGUCAUCUCUGUAAGUUAUACCAAAAACUAUAUAUGUAUUAGUAUUGCUAAUUUUAUGAGCUGAUGAUUUGUUGGGGGUUUUUCUGCAGUUAAAAAUGUGUAAAUGCAUAUAAUGUUGUAUUUGUAAGUAACAAAGGGACUGGUUUACUAUUUUACAUAGAGAGGAACACUAUUAUACUAGCACUUAUCAUCUCUUGGUUAGCUUGCGCCACCCGCCUUGUCUUGCCAAGUGACUUCUUCCAGACCAGCAGGAAAGGGAAAGCUCAAAAACACAAAGUGGGGCUCAAUAAUGAGUCUUUACUGUCAGUGACAGCAAAGAUACACUUCAAUAGGGGUCACUAUCAAGGUCUCUGCUGGCCACUGCAGCUCUCCUGCUCAUGGGGGACUGAAACAGAUGGAUGAUAGCACUAGCCUGUCUCUCUGGAUUCAGAUCAUUUGGAAGAGAUUUCCACAAUCUCUUAAAACUCAUGCUUUCCAUUUUCAGAUUAGUGGGACUCUAGUGACUUGAACUACCAUAAUAUAGCAUUCUUUUAAAAGUAAAAUCCCUUGAAUUCAGAUAUUUUUGUACUUUUUUUCCUUGUCUAAGGUUUUUAGUUUUCCAAAAACCUUACCUGUCUGAAUUGUUCAUAAUAAAACAAAGCUCUCUUAGAUAAUUUUCCCCAUUAGAAAGGAUAACAUAUAGUCUUGAAGUCUGAAAUGUUCAGAAACUAUUAAAAUAAUCUCUGCUUUCUGUUUUGGAGGCCUGCUUUCAUUACAAUAAAAUGGUAAAAUACAGUUCAAAGGUUUUUUUCACAACACAUCCUUAUUGCGGACAGAACCUCAAGCAGAUCACCUUCCUCAUUCUUACCAAGAGACACUUUGAUUUCUUCCAUGAAGUCUUUUUGUUGCAUAUAGAUGCUGCCUGUCGUAACAGGAAGUUUUCUCAACCUGCAUAGCAGUCUUGCCAGAUGUUGCAGGUUCCUAUGUUAACCACUGUAGAUGAGCAUUUUUAACCAGUAGUAAGUAAUUUUUUUUACUCUUAGCCAAGGCCUUAGUCACUAAGUCUCGUCUAGGUUUAUCUCCCAGAAAAGUUACACUGUGUAUUAUUGACAUGAAAUUCUGAGGAGACCAAUUCCUUAAC